CAUAAGUUAGUUGUUUGAGUUGUGGAGUUAGGUAGCUAGUUAACAGGAAAGCGGAACUAGCAAGCUAGCAGCACAUUAGCUGGGUUACCGAGUUGCCCACGGAUCCUGCCUGGUUACGAUCCUUAGCUACAACCCUACUGCAAUUUUUCAGAUAAUGCCGCAGAAUAUCGAGCUUGGUGCCACGGGGGGAACCGCCAAACCAGACAGCAGAAACAUGGAAGACAUGACUGUGGAGCAGAUGACCAUGAGGGCGAACCAAGUGACGGACGAGUCACUGGAAAGCACCCGGAGGAUGCUGCAGAUGGCAGAGGAGAGCAAACACACUGGCGUCAAAACCAUGGAGAUGUUGGACCAGCAAGGAGAGCAGCUGAGGCGUGUGGACGAGGGCUUGGACCAGAUCAACCAGGACAUGAGACAGGCUGAGAAAAACCUGACGGACCUCUCCAAGUGCUGCGGCCUCUGUGUCUGCCCCUGUAACAGGGUGUCGUCUAUUGAGCAUGACUCACAAUACAAACGUACCUGGGGUAUUAGAGGAGCUGACGGGGAAGUUGACACCAAUGGCUCAAAAGUAGUCUCAAAGCAGCCCUCAGGUGUUCACAAUGGCCAGGCUGGCCAGGUGAACACCUCGGCGCCCUCAGGCCCGUACAUCAAGAGGAUAACCAACGAUGCACGCGAGGAUGAAAUGGAGGAUAAUCUGGAAGCAGUGGGCAGCAUCAUUGGCAACCUGAAAAAUAUGGCUGUGGACAUGGGCAAUGAGAUAGACCAGCAGAACAAACAUAUUGACAACAUCACUAGCAAGGCGGAAAUGAACAGGCUUCGUAUUGAUGAAGCGAACCAGAGAGCCAACAAGCUCCUCAAGUAGACAAGGAACCCUGCUUCUGCCAGUUUUAUCUAUCAACCUUGAGCCUCUGUCGCCACACUCAUACACACACACUGCAUACACAUGCACAAACACAUGCACAACUCUUUUAACAUAAAAAAAGAAAUUCAGUCAGGAAGAAUAUCUUUUGCCAUCAGUGUGCUAGCCUUUUAUUGCACUAAGAUGUAGGUAGAAUACACAAAUAUUUGUCAAAUUUAAAAAUUUGCCAGCAUCUUUCAAACAUGCAUUUAUAGUCACGCUGGACUUUAAGAAGCAGCAAGAGCAUCAGAAACUGCACCGUAGAGGAAGUGACGGACUGCCUAUCACUGCUGUUCGAUACCAAAUAUGCCCCAGGCCUGUUGUAUCAAAUCUCAACAUUCACAGGAAGGGAAGUGGCACAGGUCAGCUGCUUUGUUCUCAUUUUUUCGCCUUUCUCAAGUCAAGAACUAUGACCUCACUUUGUCUUAGUGCACCUCUAGUUUGUAUGGAUGAGCUCACGUAUGAGGUCAUGGGUACAUGCUCAUUAGCUCUCUCUUAGUGGUUUUCAGCACUGCAUUAAUUAAUUAAUGUGUCACCCCCUGUUGGUCCUAUCUUGAUACAGCAUCUAGUUUAUUGAUAAAACAUUGAAUUUGAAACUCAAAUUCGUAUCAGUUUAAUGUGUAAUUAGGUUUAUUGUAUUGUGUGUUUAUUGAGACAAUGUGCUUAUUUAAUUACUUUAUCAAGCAGAAAUGACUUGCGAAUAAAGUUGUGGUUUUUAACACUUUGUUCUCAUGUCAUUUAUGCCAUUUCAGAUGUAAAAGCUAUUUCACAAAACCUAAAAACCAUUGUGCUUUGGAGUGAGUCAUGGCAAAUCCUUUCAUGCUGGAAUUCAAAGCUAUUCAAAGCAUCUAUCUACUAGUAAUCUCUUGUCCUUCAAAUGUGAAGGAGGGUCAGUAAGCAUCAUGAGUGAAGUUCAUCAAUAACUCCUACAAAGCAUCUGGUUUAUUUUAGAAUAACACUGAAUAUGUAAAACAUAACAGUGGAUGAAUAACAGUAGAUUUGGCAUCAGUGAAUCAACUGCUGUACUUCAUAUUUAGUGUCUCUUGCGGGUUUUUUCACUCUUGCCGCAGUGUUGAUGUAAAUACUGAAACAUAUUGUAGCCUUUGAAAUUAUCUACCUAUAGUCAUUCUGUUAAUCAAAUUUUGCUCCUCUUUCUUUGUCACCUCCUGGUUAAUAGAGAUUUAUAGCACCCAAGAGGAGACAUACCAGCCUAUGCAGGGUUCCUACACAAGUCUAGUAAUGUGCGGAAAAAUUAAUUGCCUCAAGGUUGAUAUUUGCAGUUUUGUAAAAGUAUGAAAACAAAUGUUCAGUUCUAAAACACACUGUUGUACAUUGUUUAAUUAAAUAUAACUUCUCACAUUGGCUUACUAGGCCAUUGUCAUUAUGGCAUAAGCAGCAGUUUUGUCAUAAUGAAAACAACCUAGGAUGUUUAAAAUUAAAAAAAUUAGUCUAGAUGGCAGAAUGCGCAGGACCCCUGUCAAUGACUUAUAGGUGAUCCAUGGUUGUGUUCUAACAACCAUUGUAUCACAAGCUUCUCCUCUUGUUUAUGUAAAUAGCCAGUUUUCACCGCAGAGCUGCAGUAAAAUGAUAAUAUCUGAUGAUGAUGGAAAGCAUAAUUUGUUUUGUCGAAGCCGUAGCCAGGCUGAGAAAUUACUGCAGGCAACAGGAUGCAAAAGUAUACAUGUAAAUGAAUGAUGUUUCAGGGGUAAGCAUGGAAGCGUAAUACGUCCUGGUGGGCUCUGUUAAGGCCUUGCUGUGGAAAAUUGGCUAACGAUAAAGUAAUACAUUAUUCUCAAUAUCUCUCGUAUGCAUCUUCCAGCUUAUUUGUUUUGAGGAAAAAUGAUAAUGGGUAUGCUCUGCUGCAGGCAUACACCUAUUGAGUUUGUAAAGAUUGAAAUGAACUGUUAUUCAGGGCUUUGUUUUGCUAUAAAUGAUCUCCCUCAGCCUGCUACUUGUCAGCUGAGAUCUAAUUGGUCUAGCCUAAGGCUGACUCGCUGUCUUAAGGCUGUUUAUCCAUUGUUUUAUCAACCGCCACUGGAAUGUAAAUCCAACCGUUUGUUGAUUUUUGAAUAUGUUCAUAUGCAGCUCUUCUUAUCUGAAAUUAGCUUGGUUAGCAGAUGACUUUUCAACAAAGUAAAAAUGCAUUUUGUUUCACACCUGCCUCCUAUUAAAUUGUUUGUAUCAAUAAAUCUAUUCUGAAAUUCA